AUGUCGUCCGCCGCGCUCGUCUCGGCCGACGGCGCCCUCGAACCCUCCCUGCAGUCGCUGCUCGACCAGCGCUCCCUGCGCUGGAUCUUUGUCGGCGGCAAGGGCGGCGUCGGCAAGACCACCACGUCGUGCUCCCUGGCCAUCCAGCUCGCCCGGGUGCGCCGCUCCGUGCUGCUCAUCUCGACCGACCCGGCCCACAACCUGUCGGACGCCUUCUCCCAGAAGUUCGGCAAGGAGGCCCGCCUGGUCAACGGCUUCGACAACCUGAGCGCCAUGGAGAUUGACCCCAACGGCAGCAUGCAGGAUCUGCUGGCGGGGCAGGCCGAGGACGAGGACGUGAAUGCUAUGGGGGGUGGGCUGGGCGGCAUGAUGCAGGACCUGGCGUUUGCUAUCCCCGGCAUCGACGAGGCCAUGUCCUUUGCCGAGGUCCUCAAGCAGGUCAAGUCGCUCUCCUACGAGACCAUCAUCUUCGACACGGCCCCCACCGGCCACACCCUCCGCUUCCUCCAGUUCCCGUCGGUGCUGGAAAAGGCCCUCGCCAAGGUCUCCCAGCUGUCGUCGCAGUACGGCCCCAUGCUCAACGGCCUUCUCGGGUCCGGCGGCGCCCUCCCCAACGGCCAGAACCUCGGCGACAUGAUGCAAAAGCUCGACUCGCUGCGCGAGACCAUCGCCGAGGUCAACGCGCAGUUCAAGGACGCCGACCUCACCACCUUUGUGUGCGUCUGCAUCGCCGAGUUCCUGAGCCUGUACGAGACGGAGCGCAUGAUCCAGGAGCUCACCAGCUACGAGAUCGACACGCACACCAUCGUGGUCAACCAGCUGCUGUUCCCCAAGCGGCACAGCGAGUGCGACCAGUGCAACGCCCGCCGCAGGAUGCAGAAGAAGUACCUGGACCAGUACGAGGAGCUGUACGCCGAGGACUUCAACGUCGUCAAGAUGCCCUUGCUGGUGGACGAGGUGCGCGGCAAGGAGAAGCUGGAGAGCUUUAGCGAACUGCUGGUCAAGCCGUACGUGCCGCCGGAGUAG